CGUACUUGACCAGGGAGGCAGGAAGGCGCAGCUACAGAAAGAGGAACUAAAUGAAAAACAGCAGCAUAAACAACAGCAACAACAACAACAGCAACAACAACAACAGCAGCAACAAAAGCGAGAGCCUUCAUCAUGGUCAAUGGCAUCUGCUAAUAUUACUGACAGCCAUAAGGUGAGAUACAAAGGUCACGCCAUCACCAACCAGACUGUGACCUUGACCCUCAUGUCCAGCCAGGAUAAGGUGUUCAUGUCCCUCAACAAACGGGAGAUCUACCGUAACCUUGGGGACCGCGGCCUUCACCUGGUGGUCCUGAAUCAACACACGGGGCAGGUGAUGGCCAGCCAGGUGUUCGAUACGUUCUCAGUGGGCGUGGAGGAGGAGAUGGUAUCCUUCAUUGAUGACAUUUCUGACGGGAGGAUACUGGUCUUUGCUGUGCUGGAUGAGGCAAGCGACAACUUAUCGUGGAGGGGAAGGAACCGCCUGAAGGAGCUUGGGUCGAGGUGGGCUGACAAGCUGGCGUACAGGGACAUGUGGGCACUGGUGACACGCAAGGGAGGUCUCAAGAUGGCUGAGACUUACUCCAACGUGGCCACUGCUGACACAGGGUACGAAUGGGGCGGCCCUGUUUUCCUGAGAACUGACUUCGACUUGGAGGAAGGAAAAGGUGGGUGUGAUUGGCCGGUGAACGAGAGAAACGAGGCGCGCCGUGUGUUCUGCCAGCGCUUCGAGGGAUACGGGGCUCUGUGUGACUGCGGGGUGACCAGCUGGCAUGACGUCUUCUUCCACGUGGGUGACGAGAUCCACUCCGAGCUGUCCCAGUCCCCGCUGUACCGAGAAGUGGGCGUCGUGAUUCUUGCUACCGACAGGCCGCACUAUCUGUACAGAACACUGAAGGGACUGUGGGAAGCGCCAGGGCUGAAUCGUGACAAGGUGGCGGUGUACGGUGACGCGGGGCACAGGGAGGUGAGGGCAGUCGCGAGGCUGUUCGGAGUGCAACUAGUGGAGGAGCCCAGCAGGGGGAACACCACCAAGGAACGUAUUAGACACAAGGUGCAGCGGGUAUUGAGAGACGUGGCUGGAGUGAAGUUCCCACGACAGACAGUGCCAGAUGGAGGUUUGCCCGAGGACACCAUCCCGCCCUUCACCUGUUCCUAUCUUCUGCUGCUGGAGGAUGAUGUCGAAGUCUCCGUUGAUAUAUUUAAGUUCCUGUAUUCCGUGGCCCCUGUUAUGGAGAAGGACCACAGCAUCAUCGGCAUAUCCUCCUUCAACUACUACGGGUUCACAGACGUAGCCAACUCACUCACCACAGUCUACCGCACAGACAAGCUCAAUCCAAUGGUUCUCCUCCUCCCGGCACGCACUCUCCACCAACACCUCGCCCCAGCCUGGCCAGCGUGGAACAGCACCCAGGAGUGGUACCAGCCCCUUCAAGCGCCCCUGGAGGAGGGGGGGCGGGCGCUGCUGUACCCCGAGGUGCCUAGGGCCAGACACACAGGGUACCGCGGGGCUCUCAUUCAGGGGUCCGUCCAGCAUAACUACUUCAGGGACCACAUUCUGUCCCUCACCACCUCCUACGACCUUCCCGAGGCGGAGGUCAUCAUGUUGGCAAAACAGCAAUACGAGGCGAGACUGGAGAGAACACGUCUUAAGGAAUCAGAAACUAUCUCCUUCGACUUCUGCAAACACGACCUUCAGUACGGGGAGAAUUCCCUCAAGAUGUUUGUCGCUUACAACGGGAGCAGAGAGGACGAGGACAGCAUAAACUACGUCAUGAAGUGCCUGAGGACCUGGGAGCUGUAUCCUGAGGCAGGCUGGCACGGGGUGUGGCAGUUCCAUUACCACGGACACUGGCUCAGCAUUGUGGCCACCCCUUACUCCAGAUACAGCCACCUGAUGCCCCGAAACUACACCGCCAUCACCGCCCCGCCCACCACCACCACCACCACCACAACCACCACCUCAGCCGCCGCCUCUGCCAGCUCCCCUCCACCGUAGCUGUGGUGUCCUCCCCGCCAUCACCGUAGCACAAAUUAGAAUUAGAGGAACAAUUCUCUCUCUCUCUCUCUCUCUCUCUCUCUCUCUCUCUCUCUCUC